CGAAGGCGAGUGGAGAAUCCUUGUUGUACAUGCAUUCGCUCUGUUGCACGCGAUGGUCUCGUUUGCUGCCCGCCCAUCUCCAUCAUGCGCUGAAGUCGACGACGGGCGAAUCGCCAUCACUCAUCCGCGCGCCAUCCUGCCAUCCACCGCCCGUUCGUGAUCGGACCCGCGGGGCCAUCGCCGCUGCGAUAGAAUAAUCAACAUGGCCGACUCUGUGGACCGAGUCUUUGGCCAUGCCCUCAACACCGUCAACCGCAUUCGACCGGGCUCGCAAAAGCCGCCAUCAUCCGAUCGACUCGCACUUUAUGGCCUGUACAAGCAAUCGAUGGAGGGUGAUGUCUGCCUCAUAUCCGACCGACCCACGUCGCCCGGCCCUGGCUUGACCACAGACGCAUUGAAGAAAGAGCAAGAGAAGUGGGAUGCAUGGAAAGCAAACGAAGGCCUCGGCCGAACCGAGGCCAAGCGUCGAUAUAUUGAAAAGCUGAUAGACACGAUGCACAAGUACGCCUCGACUACUCCCGAGGCUCGCGAGCUGGUUGAGGAGCUUGAAUUUGUAUGGGACCAGAUCAAAAAUAAUUCUCAACCUUCCAGCUCCGAGCACUCCUCACCUCUGCAGACUAUUGAGCGCAGAGACUAUAUGCAUUCGGGAAGCUCUGGUGAGAAUGGCGCAGGGAGAUCUGAAGCCGCAGCUAUGAGUGGGGGACGAGAUCGGGUGAAAGGGCUCACCAUGCUGGCCCCUCAGUCAGAGGUUGAUGAAGAUGAUCUCGCGGACGAGGAAAGGGAAGAAUUUGUCGAUGCGCCAGUGUCACAAAUCGACGAAGGCGACCUGCAGCACGCCUCUGAAUCCGGCGGAGAACCAGAGAACGAUCGCUUUCGUGCCCCUCGCUCUCCAUCCUCACCGGCCGACAAUCGAUGGCGGAAGCGGAUUGAGUCCUCCCUGAUAAAGCUUACGACUGAAGUCGCAGCCCUGCGAGAGCAACUCGAGGCCAGACGCUUUUUCAGCUAUCAGCGAAAACACAGUUGGUGGGGUUGGGUAUUGAGAUUGAGCUGGUGGGCUGUCCAGCUCUUCGUCGCCGACGCCAUUAUCCUGUGGAUCGUCAUUCUUUAUAUGCGUCGCAAGAAGGAUCGCAGACUGGAGACCGCCAUCCGCGUCUUGCUUGGUGAUGCCGUUGCCCAAGCUCAGAGUGCUGUGCGGGAUGCAAAGAUGCCAACAUUGCCCAGUAUCACCAGAGGGCGAGCGAAAUCGCCCAAGGGCUGA